CAUCUCUCCCAUCGGCAUUUGUCCUCAAUCUCUCCCACAACUCUCUCUCUGAUCUCUUCUCUCAGAACAGAAAUGUCAAUAAACCAAUACACCACAGACUUAACCGACCAUACAUUCAUGUGGCAGCACCAACAACAAUACCACAUGAUGGAAUCAAACCUCCAAAACGACAUCGUUUUCGACGAAGACACGACCAAAGAACCUCUCUUCGAGAAACCCUUAACCCCAAGCGACGUCGGCAAGCUCAAUCGCCUCGUGAUCCCCAAACAACAUGCCGAGCGACACUUCCCUCUCGCAAACGCAAACGCAAACGCAAACGCAGGCGCGGAGAAAGGCCAUGUCCUCUGCUUCGAGGACGAGGAAGGGUGGCCAUGGAGGUUUAGGUACUCGUACUGGAACAGUAGUCAAAGCUAUGUGUUGACCAAAGGUUGGUGCAGGUUCGUGAAGGAGAAACACCUCGGCGCCGGCGACGUCGUCUUCUUCCACCGCCACCGUACGGACUGCCGGAGACUUUUUAUCGGUUGGCAGCGGCGCGGCGGAGCCAUUGGUCGGACUUCAUCGUCUUCGUCGGAAUCUUCUCGUCGUCUUCGGGGUCAUAUUCAAUAUUAUGAUCAGCCUGAAUAUCUUCGUCAUGCAGGAAAAACGUUGGAGAGCCAAUCGGUUGGAAUGACGAAUUCAAAGACUCUAAGACUCUUCGGAGUAGAUAUGGAGUGUCAACUUGAGUCGGACUAAAUCCGUACCGUCUAUGUAGGAUGGUCUGAAAUUGGCUGGGAUCUUGGCUGGGAUCUGAAAUAAGUGUGGAGAGUAUGGGAUAACACUCUGGUUCGAAGAGAGGGUUCAGAUGAGAUAAUUACGUUUGUUAUCUAAUUACCUGCGGUUUUGAAGUAUUUGCAUUAGAUAA